AUGGAUCCGGCCGAAGUUGAAAUCAUUUCUGUGCUCAUCGAAUCCCAGAAAGUGCUCUGCCUUCGCAUAGCAUCGGAGUCGCCUCUGAUCGGCCAAGCUGCGCAUAUUCUGGAUGGGUGCUUGGCACAUCUGCAGAUGGGUAGCAGCCGCAUGGAAGCCGAGGAGACCGAUGUGAGUAAACAGUUCCUUCCGCUCUUCCGCGAAGUGGGCGUUUGGCCCGAAGUCAAGAAUGUGUCUCUGCUAGAGCUUGAGGGCCCUGAGGGCACCCGGGCCAUAGGAGCAGGAUCGAACAUCAAGACCAGGCGCCGUUCCGCGUGGCUCGCGAUGGCCCUGGCCUUGGUGGUGUCGGCCGGGCGGCGUGGGCACAACCCACAUCAGCUGACCCGUCUUUUGAGUGAUUGGGACGGCCUUCACACUUUGGCGACCAGAGCCUGGCACGUGAUGUGCAACCAAAAGCCUGCUUUCAAUGCCGAAGCAUCCGAAGGCGCCGCCCAGGAGCCUCCCUCUGAAGCGGGCCGGCACUCCCGGAGGCAAGAGCGUGGCCCUGGCCCUCACCCCAGCGGCCGUUGGCGUAACGGGCAAGUUGCAGAAGAAGGCAUCCCGUCGGGAGCCACUUGCACACAGGGCGUGGGCAUGGCAUCUGAAUUCCACCAGCCGGAGCCGGAGCCUGUCUCUAUGCAGGUUAGCAGCGUCUUGCCCCCAACUCCCACGUGGGAAGACAACUUCGACUUCGCAGUAGGACUUUAUCCUGGUCUCGUGUCGAAUGCCACUCGGGUCCUGGUCUUCAACGACCCAAUGGGUGUUGAGGAAUGCUGA